UCGCAUAGCAUCAACGCAUACCACACUAAAGUAAACCCUUUGUUGUAAAGGUAGCUAAUAAGACAACCUAGCUACGCAGCUAGCUCGUUUUCCUUAGUUUUCAAUGCCUUAAGACUCCGGUGCCUUGAUGUUCAUAACGUUAGCUGGGGAUUUCACCAUUUUGUGCUUCCUUAUUUUUAGUUUAGAUGUAGGUAUCUGAUUGUUAUGUCUGUAAUUGUACCGACACUGGCUCUAGCAGCGUUGGUGUAGUUGUAGGUUUGUAAGAUAGCUAGCUUGCUCAACUAGCUAGCGAGCUAGUUAGCAAGCUAGCAUUAGCUGGAUUCUGAAAUAGUCUAACGUUAGUGCGUUCGCUUUAGUUUGUGUUGACGUCACAUUCUGAAGUUAAAUAUUUACAUUACUGUUAAGUUAUGUAUCCUAGAUGGUCUGUUUAAAUGGUUAUACAUGUGGUUGACGUGUUGGUGUAAGGUUGGAAGUAGGUGGGUAACUUAGUUAGCCUUAGCUAGGAAUCCAAAUAAGUUAGCACUUAAGCAGCUCUACUAGGUAGCUCGGUAGUUAGCUGUUAGCAGUACAGUUUUCAUCAUCCGUCUGCAGUGAGAUCGGAGUUGCCAUCAAUCGGAAAUGUACAGAUUAGUUGAGUUCACAGACACAAACUGCUUGAACAUAAUUCCUGAUGACUGGUAUGACAAUGGAAUAACAUGGUGGCCAAACUAUAAAAACGACCAAAAGAUAAACAAUGCCAUCCAACGAAGGGAGAAGCCAAAGUCAGACUGGUCUUGCUUUGCUGUGCGGGAACUGUCCAAAGCAGGAUCAUAUCAAGAAGCGAGAAUGAAAUUGAAGCGGGCUAUGACUUGCAACACACCAGACCUCCAAAGAGAGGGAGAAGACGACGGCACAAGCAAAAAAAGAAGACAAAGUGACAAGCUCCUUGAGCUGGAGGACUCAGAAGAAGAGCGCAAAAAGCACAAGAAGAUGGCCUCCGCUGCAGCAUUCCCAGCCUCUUAUGUCAGCCCGUCACCCCACUUCUUCGCGAUGAUGCCUGAACAGUCGCCCGGGGCGGCAGGAAGGAGCAGCUCUGUGAGAAAGGGUCAGGAAACCUCCAGCAGAGACGCAGGGCAUGAAAAGACUGCCAGGCUGUCACAGACAUCAGAGGCCGCCUGCUGCAGCUGGGAGCCCUCGUCCUUCAGAGACAUGCUUAUGGAACUGGCUCCAAUAACUGCUGCCCGCUCCAUCCUGGAGAACAGGGACUGGGACUCACAGACAUCCUUCAGAGGAAUGAUACAACAUGAACAGCAGAGCGUAGCCGCGGGGGCCAGUGCUUGGGAGUCACUGACAUCAUUCAGAGAGAUCAUGCAUCAGCAGGGUCCCAUGGCAACGGGUUGGUCUUUGGAAACAUCUAACAGAGAGCUGAGUUCGGACAACACUCCCACCGGUCCCGCUGAGUCCAGAAACAGGGAAUGGGGCGCUUCAACAACCUGCAGAGAGACGCCUCCAGACCAGCCGCCCGCAGGAGCCACGGAGUUACGGAGCAGUGAGUGUGCUGCUCCGACAGCCUGUAGAGAGACUGAAGUCUCUUCAACAUCCAUGACUUUCCGGAAUGGACGAGGUGACCAAGUUCCAUGCAAUGCAGCAGAAUUCCACCUGCUGAACAUCAUGGAGUCCCUGAGGCAGCAGCAGAUGCAGCAUGCGGUGGCCCUCAACACCAUCAUCAACAUCCUCCAGGGCAGGGUGAACGCACGCACCGCAGCUGACGCCGCCUCCAGGGACCCGGCCGAGAUGCCGCAGGACAUCUCCUACCCACUCCUGGGCCCCAGGGAGCUGGAGAAGCAGGAGGUCUGGCUAGAGAACGCCGCCAACACACCGGCCAAAACUAAAAUGAUUGCAUACCUUGGAGCCAUUGGGGGCAAAGAUUUGAAGACCACAGUCUGGAAAAUCAUGUCGACGCUAAUCCACAACAACCUGGGCAAACAGCUGAACUGGAAGGGAGUGAACGACAAGAGAGCCUUCAGCUCCCUGCUGCUGAAGUCGGUCAUAAUACGUGGAGUUAGGAAAAAUCCCCACUACACCAAGACUACGGACUCUGAGAUUGAGAAGCUGAUCAUCCGCUGGCUGAACCUGGCCGGUGAUCGUGACGGCGGCAGGAAGCAGCGGGAGCUGGCCAAGCGGGAGCAGCUGAACAUGAACGCCAAAGGCCUCCAGCCGGCCCAACCCCAACCCGCGCCCUCCGCCCCAAAACUGCCCGACCACCUAACCAAAGCCCAGAGCCGGCCGCACGCCGACCCGCGGGCCCCCGAACCCCCUGAGUCCGACCGGAUCCGUGAACAGAUGGACCCGAGCCUGAACCGGCCCGAGAGUAGCUGGGCCCUGUUCCAGUCGGCGCCGGUUCUGAUGGACCCGAGGAACGUCAGGCUGAAUUUGUAGUCGUCCGCGUCCGUCCGCCACCACACGGCCAUCCCAGCCUGCGGAGGCACCGGCGAGCGCACGGGCCGCAGUCAUGUACAUACGCGCACAUAUGGCUCUGUAACGAGCAUAUUUAAGUCUAUAUAUUAUUUGUACUAUUGUUAUAAUUAUGAGAUUAUUAAACUCGCGGGGGUUAAGGCACAAGUGGUCCUAGCAGACUACACCACAAUGUUUCAACCAUUUUGGGUUUAUACAGGAAGAAAGUUGAAUCCGACUGCCUUCAUGUUGUUUGACAUGUGAAAUAAGCUCAUCAGCACCCCAAAUCAGAACUCCAAAUCAAAGAAGCCUAUUUGUUAAUCAGUGAAAGGUUCUGAUCGCCUUGUUCUCUCUGUUGAAGUUUUCAUUCCCCUUCUGUGAAAAGCACACCCCUGAUUGUAUCUCUGUGUUGUGCUUAAUGUCCGAUCCGUGGGGCUCCACUGACCUGCCUGCUGGGGCCGGGGGGCCCCUGACACAAACUGGAGCAUGUUUUUUUCUUAUCGCUGGCUACAUUUAAGUGACUUUUCUCAAGUUUGGUCUGGACUACCACUUCCACUUCCAUCCAGCACUGAAGACAAAAUCAGAAGUAACCUGAUUCUGAUUGGCUAAGGUACAUCUUUGGGUCAACAGGUCCAGCUGUAGACCUGGUUCUGAUUGGCUAGGGUACAUCUUUGGGUCAACAGGUCCAGCUGUAAACCUGGUUCUGAUUGGCUAGGGUACAUCUUUGGGUCAACAGGUCCAGCUGUAGACCUCUAACCUACACAUAGGUUACAUAUGGUCCAACAGGACAGACAAACCCACAUGCACAUCAGUCUCUAUUCAAUUUAAUAAAAAUUAUGUCAUAAAUAUAA